CUUUGGAAACCAUGUCCUUAUGCCUUCUCUCUAGCCCUGUUGUAUUGCUGCCACUUUUGUGUUUACUGCACUCUUCUGACCCUUCAUCUGGGAAGCAAGUCUCCAGGUCCGCCGCAUGUGAUGGAAGUAUCUGCUCUCAGGGAAGGCACAGCCAUGGCUUCCCUACCGCCCCGGGAGCCAGAGGAGGAGCUGGUGUCUGCUGGCUCUGAGCCAGGUGACGCUCGGGCCAAACCCCCUGUCAAGCCCAAACCCCGAGCCCUGCCCGCCAAGCCAGCCCUGCCUGCCAAGCCCAGCCUGCUGGUGCCUGUUGGGCCUCGGCCUCCCCGGGGUCCUCUGGCCGAGCUGCCUUCUGCCCGGAAGAUGAACAUGCUGGCGGGACCCCAGCCCUAUGGUGGCAGCAAGCGUCCCCUUCCGUUUGCACCAAGGCCUAUGGCUGAGGCCCCUACUGGAGGAGAAGCCACCCGAGAGACUGUGAAAGAGGAGCCUGGGAAGGAAGAGGUAGCCCCCUUGACACCUCCAGCUCGAUGUGCCGCCCCGACGGGUGUGCGGAAGGCGCCCGCCCCCUUCCGUCCAGCCUCGGAGCGCUUUGCAGCCACCACAGUGGAAGAGAUCCUGGCCAAGAUGGAACAGCCGAGGAAGGAGGUCCCGGCCAGCCCUGACCUCCUCUGGGGCUCCCGCCUCACCUUUAACCAUGAUGGCAGCUCAAGAUAUGGCCCCAGGACCUAUGGUGUGGCCACAGUUCCCAGGGAUGAGCAUGGUGGGACCCUCUCCAGGGAAUGGGCCCAGGAGGGGCCGGCAAAGUCUCCCACAGAGUGCCAUGAAGAGCCCAGCAAGACCCCCGAGGAGAGGAACCCCCUUUCGGACCUGGCCUUCAACGGGGACCUGGCUCGGCCGGCCAGCUCUGAGCCACCUGCUGACGUUUCCAAGCCCCGGCUCCCCUCCAGUCCAGGCUCCACCUUGGAGAACGGAGGCUCCGCCAGCCCAGGCCUCCCCGUUGAAGCCUCGGGCUCAGCCCCUGAGUCUCCCCGUCUUUCCUCACCCGAUGAGAGCUCUCCCCGCCACUCACAGCUUCCAGAAGCCCAGAGCCCUGCAGCUUCCGGCGCUUCUCCCCGCCUCCCCAAGACUCCGGCAUUCCCAGCUGUGGCCCCUCCUGAUGAGGGCUCCUGCCACCCCCCUAGUUCGGGGCUCCCCUCUCUGGGAGCCCCGGAGGCCCCCAGACCCAGCAGCCCUCCCCUCCAGGAGCCCUCGGGGCGCCGCAGCCCGGAGCAGCCCCCGGCCACCUUGCCUCAGCCCCUGACAGAGGGGGGUGAGUUGCUAGACCUCCCUUGGACGUUGCCAUCUGGGGAGGUGGCGGCCACAGGAGGCGAGGACCUCUGUCCCGUCAGCCUGGCUCAGCGCCGAUUUUCUGAAGGUGUGCUCCAGCUGCCCGGCCAAGACCAGGAGAAGCUGGGGGGCUCGCUGGCUGCCCUGCCCCAAACCCAGGGGAGCCAGUUGGCCCUGGAUCAUCCCUUUGGGAGUGAGACACAGUCCAGCUGGAGCUUGUCACAGUCCUUUGAAUGGACCUUCCCCGCGCGGCCUUCAGGUCUAGGGGUGUGGCGGCUAGACUCCCCGCCCCCCUCCCCCAUCACUGAAGCCACUGAGGCCUCGGAGGCUGCAGAAGCUGGAGACUGGGCUGCAUCCAGCAGGGAGGAAGGAGUGUCGCAGCAGGCACGAGGGGCCCCGCCAGCUCCAGAGGGCCCAGGAAGGCCUGGUUCCUGGGUGCAGGCGGAUGAUCCGGGCACCUCCCCAACCCAAAAGGGCGAUGGGGAGAGCCAUCCUCAGCCCCCAGCUGUCCCCCUCGAGCCCCUGCCAGCAGCAGGGGACCCGCCUGGACCAGUCUUGCUGCAGGCAGAGGAGAGGUACGAGGACCGGGAGCCCCUGCCUGGACAGGGAUCCCUCCUUCCUCUGCCUACCAGGGAGGCCGCCCUGCCCAUCCUGGAGCCAGUCCUGGGGCAGCAGCAGCCAGCACCCCCUGACCAGCCCUGUGUCCUCUUUGCCGCCAUCCGCGACCCCGGGCAGGCACUGCCUGCCAAGGAGGAGGCCGUGACCCUGGCCCAGGCUGAGACCACCCAACCCAGGACAGAGGUUCAAGACCCGUGUAGGGCGUCCCCUGAGCCUGCAGGCCCUGAGAGCAGCUCCCACUGGCUGGAUGACCUCCUGGCUUCACCACCACCCAGUGCUGGAGGUGCAGGGCGGGGAGCUGGAUCUGAGCUGAAGGACACACAGACCCCAAGUGCCUGCUCUGAGGGACUCCUUGGCUGGGCCCAGAAGGAUCUGCAGAGUGAAUUUGGGAUUGUAGCAGACACACAUCCCAGCAGUUUUAGUCCUUCCAGCUGGUCCCGAGACACUUCUCAGGACUAUGGCCUUGGGAGCGCGAGCCCUAGAGGGGACCCGGGCCUUGGAGAGGACCGCUGGACCAACGCGUGUGGGCACGCAGUGGGGGAGGGGAGCUCCAGGGAGUGGGCCAGCAGGUGUGGCAUCGGCCAGGAGGGGACGGAGGUCGGCGGCCAGGAGGGGAGCGGAGCGCCGGCCCCCGCGGCGCUCGCGGCCCAGGACCGGGUGAUCGGAAGGCCAGCCCAGCUCGGCGCUCCGCAGAGCCAAGAGGUGGAUGCUGAGGACUUGGAGUUCAGAGAGAGGGAUCCCCAGGGCACUUACUCCAGCCAGGACGUAGAAACCCGGGACCAGGAAUUUGGGAAGAGAGAUUCUCUGGGUACUUACAGCAGCCAGGACGCAGACGGGCAGGACCAGGAGUUCGGGAAGAGCGCCUGGAUGAGAGACUCCAGCCGCGGUGGCAGCUCCACGGCCCUCGGCUCCCAGGACAGAGGCUUCGGAAUGAGAGCCCUGAGCGCCGGGUUCAGCCCCGAGGAGGCCCAGCAACAGGACGACGAGUUUGAGAAGAAGAUUCUCAGUGGCAGAGGGAGCCUGGGCGAGGCCGCCAGGGACGUCAGCCGGCCGGAAGAGACUGAGUCUGGGGGCUUGUUCGGCCCCAGCGGCCCCCAGUCCCGGGAUGGGGCCCUGGGACAGAGAGAGCAGCGCAGCUGGCAAGGCAGGGGUGCCAGCCAGGAGGUUGGAGGGCUGCAGGGAAGACAGCAGGCAGGGGGCCCGAGCCCCAGUGACGCCGACCGGGAAGACGGGGAGGUGGGGCAGCGAGGCUGGGCCGGUGACUUGGGCCUCGGCGCCGGCCCCCAGCCGGAGGCGGCCUCCCGCCCAGGACGGCGGGGCUGGAGCGGCGACUUCUGCGUGGAGGCUGCCGAGAGGAGCCGUCAGUUUGGCGUCAUUGGCUACGACAGAGCGAGAGGCGCUGGCCUGAGCCCUUCUGGCAAGAUCGGGGGCGGCCGCUUUGUGCCCCCCGGGGAGACCUCGGCCGGGACCGCGGACUGGAGGGACCGGCUGGGCCUUAGGAACUUGGAAGUGCCCGGUGGUGCGCGUUCUGGGGGCUCGAGUGAGGCCGGGGAGGGUGCCAUGGGCCAGCUGGGCUGGGCAGACGACCUGGGCUUGAGAGACGUGGAGCUGGCCGGCCGUCCGGAGACUGGAGGGUCCGUGGAGCCCGGGGGGAUCGGAGUCGGGGAGAAGGACUGGACUUCUGAGGUCGGGUUGAGGGGCGGCGAUUUGGUGGCAGCGGGGUUGGUAGGGGACCACAGCCGGGCCAGAGAGAGCGGCGUGGGGCAGAGCGACUGGUCGGGCGUGGAGGCAGGAGAGUUCCUUAAAUCGAGGGAGCGCGGAGUGGGCCAGGCAGACUGGACACCCGGCCCAGGGCUGAGAAACAGGGAGCCCGGGGCGCGCCAAGUGGCCUGGGGCGACAGUCUGGGCCUGAGGAGUUUGGAGAUGCCCUGCGACCUGCAGUCUGAGAGUUCCCGGGGGCCGCGGGGAUGUGGGGUGGGGCAGAUGGACUGGAGCCAGGACCCGGGUCUCCGGAACGUGGAGCUCUUGGGGGCCCUGAGUGAAGCCAGGGAGCGUGGGGUAGGGGAGGUCAGCCGGUACCCUGAACCAGACCUGAGGAACCACGGCGUCUUGUCCUCUGGCCUGGAGGCCGGAGACCCCUCGGAGGCCAGGGAGCUGGGAGUUGGCAAGACAAGUGGGCCAGAGACCCAGGGCGGAGACGAUCCCCUGCCUUCCGUGGCCAUCUGCCCCGAGGACCCUGGAUCAGAGACAGGGGAAUCCCCCGGCUUUGGAGCCAGCCCUGGCGGAUGCCUGGCCCGCUCCCCGCCCUCCGGCUCCCAGGGCCCCCCGGAGGAGAUGCUGGCCGCCAGCUGCUCCACGGCAGCGGCCCGGAGGGAGCCGGCAGCCUCGGGCCUCAGGGAGCUGUCAGAGGAGGAAGGGGCCCCAGCAGGCGCCGACCGAGGGGAGCCCCUGGAGCCUGGCCGGGACCGUCUGCCCUCCUGGAGGCCCCAGCCUGAUGGUGAAGCCAGCCAGGCAGAAGAGGUGGACGGCCCCUGGGGCCCUGCGGGGCCCGGGCAGAGCGAGGAGGGCCGGACGCCGACCCCCCCGUGGCCCCCGCAGGGCCCUCCCGCCAGCGCCACCGGUCAGGAUUUCUCCUUCAUCGAGGACACCGAGAUCCUUGACAGUGCCAUGUAUCGGAGCCGUGCCAAGCUGGGGCGCAAGCGUGGCCACCGGGCCCCGGCCAUCCGGCCCGGGGGGACGCUGGGCCUGUCCAAGGCUGCAGAGUCGGACGCGAGGCUGUUCCAGGACUCGACAGAGCCGCGGGCUUCGCGGGUACCGUCUUCAGACGAGGAGGUGGUGGAGGAGCCUCAGAACCGCCGGACACGGGUGACCAAGGGGCUGAAAGUCAACCUCUUUCCUGGCCUGAGCCCAUCAGCCCUGAAGGCCAAGCUGCGCUCCCGGAACCGCUCGGCUGAUGAGGGGGAACCGACAGAGAGCAGGUCCAGUCAGAAGGAGCCCGUGAUCCAUCGCUCCAAGUCCUGCAAGGUCCCGGGGCUGGGGAAGCCCCUCGCGUUACCUCCCAAGCCAGAGAAAUCCUCGGGGUCAGAAGGAUCAUCGCCCAACUGGCUGCAAGCCCUGAAGUUGAAGAAGAAGAAGGUCUGAGAAGUCACUGAGGUCCUUCCCAUCUGGCAGUCUCAGGCAGUGCCCGUCCCUGUGGGGUCCCCAGCAAGGAGACUGCUGAGCCCCCCACGUCCAGGCUGCAGCCUCUGCGCCCUCCACCUCCGGGGGCCGUCUGGGGAGGCACAGUUAUGCACUUUGUAUCACCGUCCCAAGUCCCCUGACACCUCCCUCCCAACUGUUAGCGGUCGAAGGUUUAGGUCCCUCCCUCCUAAGCUGUCUUCCCGCCUCCCUCUCUGCUUCCUCCUCCAGCCUCCCCUGGGUUUUCUUUUGAUACCAGUUUAUAGCAUUUUUUAUAAAAGCCUUUGAUUUUUGUAACGGGCGGAGCCCAGCCCCACCCCUGGUCUCCCUCCGCCCCGCCAGGUGCCCCACAGAAACUGAUACCAUUUUGCCACUUGAAACAAUAAAGUUUUUUGGGAA